AAUUUUAACAGAUUAAUCUUCACAGAUAUUCCUCAUCUACAAAUGUGGGCGAGGGCAUUUCUUGGCUGUGUUAUUUUUUCGGGAAUAUCCUUUGUUGAGAGCUUCUCAGAAUGAACACAGAAAUUAUAUCGCUCGCUUUGUAAAUUUCAUCAGAAUCGUUUUGAGACUCUAAGUACAUAUUUCAAAAUUGAUUUUUCGGAAACUAGAAACUAAAUUUUUUGAUAUUUUCUUUUUGCUAUAAAAUAUGCUGCACAUAAUUCGAUGCUUAAACCGUUUCAACAUAGCCAGACAUGCAAAAAGUUGCAAUAGUAUGUCCCAGGGCACAUUUCAACUUAAGACCAAUGGUACGGAGAUUGAAGAAUUCGCUGCCAAGGACGAAACGAUCAUUUGCGGCGGCAGUAGAUGCAAACCAAGAAAAAAGACUCCAUGUUCGCCGGUGGGGAAAAAGGGUGCAGGAAGAGUAGGAGGAUCUGGAGCAAGCAGCGAGGACUUUCUUAUAAAACGUGAGCAAAAAGGUGUCAUGAUCAACAAGAAUCAAACUCUGGCGACCAUCCAGGGAGGAGGUAAAUCACAUGAUCCUUGCAAACCAAAGAAAGAAAAGAAUGAAAAACAUGGCGGUGGGAUGAAACGUUGGCGCAACAUUUCGCUCUUUGGAGUGCUGCCACUGGUGAUCCUACUCACGGGUCUAGUUUUUAGCACCCACAAAGAGCACGAACAUCCAGAGUUUCUGUAUUAUCCCCACAUGUACAAACGAACGAAGCCUUAUUGGUUCAAGGAUGGCAAUCGAACUGCCUUUCAUAAUGGUCACCAGAAUGCCUUACCCCCAGCUGGCUAUGAAGAUGAAAUAGAUGAAAAGGGCGUGGGCCAGGAACCAGAGACGGAAAAGGACAAAAUACAACGACUAAACGAUUUCCAAAAAUUGCUCAAAGAUUGGCAGAAGAAUGGCAGCGAGAGUGAUGCUCAUGUGAAGCCAGAGACUGUGUCCGCUGAGGCGGUGAAAAAGAGCGCGGGGGCAGAGGAAAAAUAUCCGGAAGCCACAGCAGAAAAACCACAAGAAGUGGACCAACUAUAUUCAAAGAAAUUGCCGAUCUACGAUGUCGAAGAAGAGGAAUAAUAUGGGGUAAAAAAAGUGGAAGACACCUGGCAUACUUUAACAGGCAUUUCGUCUAUCAUUCUACAUGAAAAUUCCAUAAAAUUGUUAAGGCAGCCUUGGAUAUAAUAGCCACAAAAGCUUGGUCGGUCGGGUUUCAUUUCAAAUACAAAUUUAUUGCCUGCUUUAAGGCGUAAUGCCAA